UACAUAUACAAUAUCAUCAGCAAGAGUCUCCAAAAAGAUUGGUGUUGUAUACCAUCGUCCUUAAUUUAUAUUAUACACGUCUCUAGCUAGCUACAUAAUAUUCUCUUCUUCCACACACACAAAAGAAAAAAGAAAAUUGUUUAGAGUGUGGAGGGUAAAAAAUGAGCAAAGUUCUUCAGGCGAAGUUGGAGGCAACUCCAACAUGGGCUGUUGCAGUUGUGUGCUUUGUGAUGCUUGCUAUUUCAAUCCUCAUUGAACAUAUUCUUGAAGAACUUGGAAAGUGGUUAAAAAAGAAACACAAAAAGGCUCUUCAUGAAGCGCUGGAAAAGGUUAAAGGAGAGCUUAUGCUGCUGGGAUUCAUAUCGUUGCUCCUAGUGAUGUUUCAAGAUCACAUUUCUAAUAUAUGCAUCCCAAAAAGCGUUGCAUCCACUUGGCAUCCUUGUGAUCCCGGUGAUGAGCGUAAAAAACCAGACGGAUAUUAUGACAAAUGCGCAGAUAAAGGUAAAGACCAAGUAGCUUUUAUGUCUGAAUAUAGUAUUCACCAGCUCCAUAUAUUCGUCUUUGUGCUUGCUAUUUUUCACAUCCUACAGUGCAUCAUGACACUGACUUUGGGUAGAACCAAGAUGUCUAUAUGGAGGAAGUGGGAAGACGAAACAAAGAGUCUUGACCAUCAGUUCCACCAUGAUCCUGAGAGGUUCAGGUUUGCUAGGGAUACAACGUUUGGACGAAGGCACUUGAGCUCAUGGAGUCGAUCACCAGUUUCCUUAUGGAUAGUUAGCUUCUUCCGACAAUUCUACGGGUCACUUAAUAAAGUAGACUACAUGGCAUUGCGGCAUGGAUUCAUCGUGGCACAUUUGACUCCAGCAAAUGAGGCAAAAUUUGAUUUCCAGAACUAUAUCAAGAGAACACUUGAUGAGGAUUUUGCAGUUGUGGUGGGCAUAACUCCAACCAUAUGGUUCUUUGCUGUGCUAAUUCUGCUCACAAAUACUCAUGGGUGGUAUUCUUAUUUUUGGAUUCCAUUUAUCCCAGUAAUUAUAAUCUUGUUGGUGGGAACAAAGCUACAAAUGAUCAUAACAGAGAUGGCACUAAAGAUUCAAGAUAGGGGGGAAGUGGUCAAGGGUGCACCUUUGGUUGAGCCAGGAGAUGAAUUGUUCUGGUUCAAUCGACCCCGCCUCAUCCUCUUUUUGAUUCAUCUUGUUCUCUUUCAGAAUGCAUUUCAACUAGCGUUUUUUGCUUGGAGCACAUAUGACAAUGGGUUCAAAAUAAACUCUUGUUUCCACAAAACUACUGCAGAUAUUGUCAUUAGACUUACAAUGGGGGUUCUCACACAAGUUCUAUGCAGUUAUGUGACUUUGCCUCUUUAUGCUCUAGUCACCCAGAUGGGUUCUACCAUGAAACCUACUAUUUUCAAUGAAAAUGUUGCAGUAGCCCUGAAGAACUGGCAUCACACUGCUAAAAAGCACAUCAAACACAACAAGGAUUCUACUUCAAAUACACCAUUCUCAAGCAGGCCAGGAACCCCGACACAUGGCAUGUCUCCAGUUCACUUGCUUCACAAGCACCCUAGACACAGUGACAGUCCAGUAGUUUCUCCAAGGGCAUACAAUUACGAAAAUGAACAGUGGGGUGUUGAAGGGAUACAUUCCCCAAGCCACCACGCAAGAGAUCAUGAUCCUGAUCAUGAAAAGACCAUGCAGAUGCAGAUGCAGAUGCAGCAGCAGCGGCCAGCUCCAACAGCAGAAUUGCCUCCUAGUGGACUCAAUCCUAUUCGAACUCAACAUGAAAUCAACAUUGCUUUAUCUGAAUUUUCAUUUGGGAGGGGACACCACACUGGUAGUAAUACUAAUAACUAAAUAUGAGUAUUAGAAACAUUUCCUUGUUUUGUUUUGUUUUUUUUUUUUUUUUAUCUUUUUAGCUUCAAUUCAUAUCGAGCACAUCUACGUUGUAAGUAAAAGACGGGCAGUGCUUUGGAAGAUUUUUAUUAUCUGUAUAUGUUAAGAUAGUAACUUUUCCUCUUUUAUUUUUUUAAUCA